UACGUCGUGCUCGUGUUGUGACGUAUCUGCGGAUUUCGUGUCGUGGAGGCUGCGCUGCGUUUCUUUCGUCAUUCGUUUGUCGUGCAAUUAGCAAACAUUUUAAAUGGCAAAGAUUAUUAACUGAAUUGGCAGUGCGCAUAGAUCAAAUGACAAGUGCUUAAGAAAUCUAAAUGAACGGAACGGAAAAUGAAAAAAUUGUUUAUUGAUUGCUAGAUAGAAUUGCGUGGAUAUUUGUGAAAAAUUAUAAACGCGCUAAAAAUAAUUUAAAUGAAAAAAGAGAAGAAAAAACAAAACGAAACGUUCGGUUCACAAACAGUGUUGUGUCUGCCUGAAGUAAAGUGCCAAAAAGUUGUAUCCAACUAGAAAGAAAUAAUAGUUUGAGAUUGAAAUAAAAUUGUAUUUUGGCAAGUGUCUGUCCCUACGUCUUUCGGUGUGGCUGUCGCAGGAUAUCCGACGACUCGACGUAUGCUUGGAUUGAAUUUCACCUGAUUUGUAUUGCCACCUUUCGUAUAUAAUUAUAAUCAACGUGAUCACGCGCUCACACCACUGCGGCGACAACAACAACAACCAGCAACAACAGCAACAACAAGGCCCAGCAAAAGAACAACAACAAUAAUAAUAACGAGCAAAGGAAGAGGCAAGAACGGCGCACACACAGGAUCAAGUUUGCCAAAAGCCAUAAUUUUGUCCGUUGUUGUUGUUGUAUACACUUGGAACCCACCAAAGGGGGGAAGCAACAGGAGGCUCCAUGGUGUCGCCGGUUUGACCGACGCCGCCGGCCAAACGACCGCAAUAAACUAACCAAACCAAACCGAGACGAACCGAACCGAAAAGCAACCAUCAGACUGACAGAGAGAAAGAGAGAGAGAGAGAGAGAGAGCGACGGAGAGAGGUGGAAGAGACAAAGGUAUAUAACGAAUCCAGUUCUCGUUCUUCCACACGAUCCACAACACACAACACCACAUAGACAAACGGCUCGUGUUGCUACGUUGAUGUUUGCAGUUGUUGUUGCUGCUGCUGCCGCUGCCGCAUUUAUUGUUUUGGUGCACGGCUGACCGAGAGAUCGAGAGCUGAGCAACGGGUCCCAACACCCGAAGACAACAACUUGCAGAGAGGUUGCUGCAUUGCAGCAACAGCCACAGCCACAGCCACAGCAGCAGUCACUGUCGCUGUCGCUGCCACCGCUUCGCAUAAAAAAUCAUCGGCGUUGGUUGUUGUUGGUGUUGUUGCAUCUUCAGACAUGGCGCCGAAAUCCAGAAAGAAGAAGGCACAUGCACGCUCUCUGCGCUGCUACUGCGAUGGAAGCUGUCCGAACAAUGCCAGCAACGGCACCUGCGAAACACGACCUGGAGGCAGUUGCUUCAGUGCCGUCGAGGAGGUGUACGACGAAUCGACAGGACUCUACGAGGAGGAGCGCACUUACGGAUGCAUGCCGCCAGAGGAGAAUGGUGGUUUACUAAUGUGCAAAGUAGCCUCAGUGCCUCACAUUCAUGGCAAGAACAUUGUCUGCUGCGAGGGCGAAGACUUCUGCAAUCGCGACCUGCAACCCGCCUACACACCCAAGCUGACCACUCCGGCACCGGAGCUGCCAGUGAGCAGUGAAUCGGUGCAUACGCUAGCACUCUUUGCCUCCAUCAUUGUCUGCAUGUCCGUCUUUAUAGUUGUGGUGUUUAUCAUGUGCCUCAUCUAUAAGCGCCGCGAGAAAUCGCGAAAGCAACCGCGCCUGAUCAACUCGAUGUGCAACUCACAGCUGUCCCCUUUGUCGCAGCUGGUGGAGCAGAGUUCGGGCUCGGGCUCAGGACUACCUCUGCUCGUACAGAGAACGAUUGCCAAGCAGAUUCAAAUGGUGCGUCUGGUGGGCAAAGGACGCUACGGCGAGGUGUGGCUGGCCAAGUGGCGCGACGAGCGUGUUGCGGUCAAGACCUUCUUCACUACCGAGGAGGCGUCGUGGUUCCGUGAAACGGAAAUCUAUCAAACCGUUCUCAUGCGUCACGAGAACAUCUUGGGCUUCAUAGCCGCCGACAUCAAGGGCAACGGUAGCUGGACGCAAAUGCUGCUUAUCACUGACUACCACGAGGUGGGCAGUCUACACGAUUAUCUGUCCACGUCGGUGAUCACUCCACAGAAACUGCAGCUGCUUGCCUACUCACUGGCCUCGGGACUGGCCCAUCUGCACGACGAGAUCUUUGGCACACCUGGCAAACCAGCCAUCGCGCAUAGGGAUAUCAAGAGCAAGAAUAUCCUGGUGAAGCGGAAUGGCCAAUGCGCCAUUGCGGACUUCGGACUCGCAGUCAAAUACAUCUCGGAGCUCGAUGAGAUUCACAUUGCCCAGAACACACGCGUUGGCACACGACGCUACAUGGCCCCCGAGGUGCUUAGCCAGGCACUAAAUCCGCAACAAUUUGAGGAGUUCAAGCGCGCCGACAUGUACUCUGUUGGCCUUGUGCUGUGGGAGAUGGCGCGUCGCUGCUAUACGCCCAUUUCGAACACAAAGACGACAACGUGCGAGGACUACGCGCUGCCCUACCACGAUGUUGUCCCCUCGGAUCCGACCUUCGAUGACAUGCACGCCGUGGUGUGCGUGAAGGGCUUCCGGCCGCCAAUACCAGCGCGUUGGCAAGAGGAUGAUGUGCUCGCCACAGUCAGCAAAAUUAUGCAAGAGUGCUGGCAUCCCAAUCCCACGGUGCGACUCACUGCGCUUCGUGUGAAGAAAACACUCGGUCGACUUGAGACGGACUGCCUCAUCGAUGUGCCCAUGAAGAUUGUCUAAGCUGCAGUCCAGUCCAAAAUCAUCAACUGUUUACUGACACAUGUUAGUCGAUUCUAGUACCCAUAUGUGUAGUACCCAUAGACUGUAGUUCCCUUAGUUUAAGUGGGUUUGACCUAAGUUUCAUUUACAUAUACAUCUUCGCCGAAUAUUUUCUGUUCCAUUGUCUGUUCAUUUGACAUAACUUGAUUUUUUGCAUAUCAAUUAUGUUUUCAUUGUGAUUUCUAUUUUUCAAUGAAGAAAUUUGUUUAUCAUAUUUGAAAUAGAGUUAGUUAUAGUCUCUUGCAUGAGUUCUUAGAGAAGUACUACACUUUGUGCCUAGUAAUAAGCUUAAGCGCAGUACUGAUUGUAUGUUCAUUGGUUAAAAAAAUGCUUUAACUAUUUGGGAAAUAUCAUUUGAUAUAGUUGUAUACACAUAAUACUUACAAUGUACAUACAUGCAAUUCUGAUCGAAGAUGAAGCUUAACUAUUUAAUUGACUUUCUGUGCCAGCCUUAUUCGUAUGCUUCUAAAGUGUACUCGUUACCGUUACUAUUACUAUAACUUUUACUAUUACUGAAGACCAUCACUCAACGAUUUAUUGUCACAUACAGUCGCUGAGGGGAAAGAAUGUAUGCAACAUUUGUAAACUCGAUGGAGAACUACAAUUUUUCUUCAGUGCCUGCAUUUGCUACAUCGUGUGAAAUAGAUAGACCAAGUUAUUCUUGUAUAUUAUUAAGCAAUCAAGUUGCAACUUGUUGCCUUCAAGCAAGAUAAUGCUGCCUUAUGUAAAAUCCACUGAAUAGUUUUUAAGACAUAUACAAAAAUGAACUAUUAUAUUAUAUUCUACACAUAUUUCUAUGUAUAUGUAAAGACGAAAGCUGGCAAAUCAUUUUGUCCAAUAUUUCACAUACUUAGUUGUAUUAAAUUUAAUUUCAAUAAUUUUAAGUACUCUAAGGAUAAGCUUAACUCCCUUCCUCAUCAUUUUGCUAACGAUUCACAAGAUUAUAUAUUUUUUUUAUGCCAACUGCUUGGCACAAGUUAACUCAUUUGCAUAUCAUUUUGCUUGUUUCCUGUUUUGUUUGUAUAUAUAGACAAAUAGUAAUUGAUUAUAGGCAAGUAACUAUAUAUGCGUAGUAUAUAGAUUAUAUAUUGUCGUUUUGAGCGAUCUUGUAAAUAAUCUAGAUGUGUCUUCUGAUAUGGUAUGACAAAAACACGUUCUUAAACUUAACUCUUAGACUUACGCUUGAAUUUAAUUUUAAGUCUAGACUUAGCAUCAACUAUAUGGAAAUGUAAUUAUUAUUAAUUGAAUUUGAUUUAAUUUGAUUUGAUUUCACUGUAUGCUUAAGUAACCCACAACAACUA